AUGGUUCUACACAUGGUGACUUUAGUGAGGCUUCAUCUACAACUAACAAGACCUAUAGCUGGAUUCUCAACCAGCAUCAUUUUGCUGCUCAAGUUGUUGUUGGGUUUCAGAUUCUUCAAAGAUGAAGCACUUUAUCAAUCGAGGUUGUUUCUUUUUCGAUUAGGUCAAAUAGCUUUCAACAGUGAACAUCAGGUUUCUAACGUAGCAAGAAUGGAACGUGCUUUAAGGUUAAUCUUUCCAAGACAUGUUACUAUUGUAACCAGUUCUAAUUCAACUUCUUCACAAUCAGAUCGUGAGUUGGAAAAUCAACAGGAGGAAAUGUUUUACUCGCUUUCAAUGAUGGCUCUUUGA